GCAGAAGCAGAGUCCAUAGGCAACAGAACCAUUUCAAAAGACUGAAAACAACUCCUGUCAUCAUCAACUAGCCAACGUGAAUUUACGCGACAGCACAUGGACGCGGCCGCUACACGCAGAAAGCUCAAGAUCCAAGCUGGGGUAGCCAAGAGGGUUUUCAAGGAACACGAAGUUUACGAGAAUGAGGUAGUAGAGAACAAAAUCAAGCUCGAUAAGCUCAGGGCAGAGGGGGAAGAGGACUGGGGUGUAAGGAACGCGGCGAAAUUGGUGGAAGAGUCGAAGAAAAUGGUCGUAAAUACGGAUCAACGCCUGAGAAAGGCUGUCGAGGAUUUGCGCGACGUCAUCGUUUUGGCCAAGAAAGACCCUGCAUUCGCAGAGGACGAAGAAUUGAUGAAAGCAGAGGAGGUUUUCGAGACAGUCAGCGCCUGAGAGGCAGCGUGCUAUCCAAUAUAUGUAGAAUGCAUCGAGUGUAAGCUGAUGGAAGUGG